AUGUGCACUGCUUGGUUGUUUCCUGUGGACCGUAAGUGGAGGCGAAGGAGCGAAGCUAUUGAGCCUCUGUGGGCGGCUCGUUGGUGCAGUCGAAGCUUGCUUUGGUUAUCUGGCCAUCGCGGUAAAAAGUGGCCCAGCAAAGCCUUCAUGUUGCUGGCGCCGCACCACCGCUGGGCACUGUGUCGCAGUGAGCGGCCUAAAAGUUGGACCCCGCAACAGCUUCGGGCUGCUGUUGAUGACCUGAUUUUCCUUCAGUUGCUUGCCGUGACGUUGCGUCCGAAUUCGGAGGCUUGGUUUGGCAGUGGUUGUUUGCAUGGCUUGUACUGUUGGGCUUCUGUGCGUGCUUAUUACGUUGGGAUUGCAAGGACCAAGCGUGUCAAUCAAAGACAUGGUACUGGUAUUGCGUCACGCUGGUUGAAACACAUGGUGGCCUUAAUCCGUGUCAGCGUUCCUGAGGGCGAGCGUUUGCGUUACAAAGUCAUGAGGCGGGUUCGGCCAGAUGAAGUGUUCUUCUUUGUGUGCUGUGCGGGGCCGGAAACCCGCAUCCGUGCCAUGGAAAGCUUGGAAAUCGCCACCAGGCGGCCAAAUACCAACGUAAGACUUCAAAGGGUCAAGCAGUCUUGUUCACUGACCUUGCCCAAACGCAGAGGCCGACCGCCAAAGCAUGUGCGCAUGAUUGCUUGUAAGGGACUUGGUAGUGGCCCUUUUGAUUCGCAAGUGGCAUGUGAUGUGCUUGAUGCUGGUGCUAAGCGUGCUUUGUCUUCGCGGAUUCCAUGUGACCCACGCCCUUGUGUCUUCCGGGUUGGUUUUGCUUCUGCUUAUCGGUUGGAACAGCGUCGGUUGUUGGCUACUACUGGUCAGUUUGGUCCUGUUCACAUUUUCCAUCCUGCCCUGACCUCCUUGAUGUUGUCGUGGCUGUGUGCAAAGCAUGUUGAAAUCCCUUGGGAGCUUGUUGAGAAAGUUUGGAAUGUUGGUUGUGCCCCUGCCGUGCUCCACCGCCUUGCUAGCCAAGUGCAAGGUAAGGGGAGAAAGGCAACUUUGACCCGGCGUAUCAAUGCCAGGUUAAAAGACUUGGGGCUCCCACUGGUUUGUGGUUGUACUUGCAAGGUUCCUCGUUCUACCAUGUUGCCUGCUGUUCGUUUGGCGCUUCAAAAAGGUAUUCUUGCUCAUGACAGGUGGAAUCACGAUGAAAAGCAAUGGGUGCUCAGCUGGUCGCGUCUCGGUUAA